CUUCCUUUGCCUGCAGCUCAAAAAGCAGAAGUCUGUUUCAAUUCGCUGAAACAAGAAGGAAAUGAGUUUGUGAAGAAAGGUCUGUUCCAGGAGGCUCUGAGGACGUACAGCGAAUGCCUUAAGCUGAAGCCAGAGGAAUGUCCCAUCUACACCAACCGAGCGCUGUGCUUCCUAAAGCUAGAGAUGUUUGCUGAAGCCAAGCAGGACUGUGACUCUGCCCUGAGGCUGGAGCCAGCCAAUAAGAAGGCCUUCUACAGACGGGCCAUGGCCAACAAAGGCCUCAAGGACUACCUGGCGUGCAGCUCUGACCUACAGGAGGUGCUACAGCAGGAUCCCAACGUAGCGGAGGCUGAGAAGGAGCUGGAGGAGGUCACGCUGCUGCUCAGACAGAGUCUGGCCCGGGGAUCACCUAGCAACCCCAGGAGGACUGUACCCAUCACUGAGGUUGAGGGGACUGAGGACGAAGACUGUCAGGCUGCAGAACCAGACAGGACCAGAGCAGCAGAAUCAGAGACAGCAGAAACAUCAACAACAUCCACGUCAACCCCAGGCCCAGCAGAGAACCACUGUGGAGGAGGCGGAAGAGGAGGAGAGGAGGAGGAGGCAAUAACCAUCAACCUCCAGCCCUCAAACGCCUAUGAAUUCAACCAGUCCCUGAACGCAGCGCGGGCCCAGUCCAACCUCCCAGCCUGUGCUGAGCUGCUGAGCCGUGUUCCCCCUGAGACUCUGCCCGUCUACCUCAGUAAUCAGCUGGAUGGACACACAGUCAGUUUCAUUAUGCAGAGCCUGGACACACAGCUCCUACAGAAGGACCCUGACCUCGUCUACCAGCACCUCAGCCAUCUACACACUGCUGACAGGUUCUCGGUCACCGUGAUGCUGCUAAAGAGUGAACAUGAUCAGAUGACUCGACUGUUUGACCGUCUGUCCGCUGUGGACAGUGAUGCCUUCAGUAAAAACGAUGUGCAGAACCUGGCCAACAAGUACAUCUGACCUCUAACCUCUGACCC